AUGGGGGAACGACUACCAACGCCAAUUAUUGCGGGCGCACUUGUCACCAACACCUGGCUUCGACUACUUGGCUCGUCACUAGAGCCACUCGACAUUUCUGAACAUUACCUCAUGGACUUCGCCGAAUCAGUAGAUCACUCUACCUUUGCUCAUCAUUAUCUACGUAUAUCUGAUUUAGGCCUUCGCCUCGAUCGCUUACAGAGUGUGGAUGAGCACGAUGGAUUGGGACCAGAUGCAAAGCUACUGUGGUGUCGCCUCGAGUAUGAGUGUUUGUUCUGGGCCGUUCAACUUCCCACGUCACUUCUUGAUCUUCGUGACGGGAUGCCAGCUCGACCAGAAGCGAUUAUCAUUCACUCUCUCCAUAACCUGGUAGUUCUGACGUUCUACGCUACUGUUCUCAGCCGACAGGACACUCUCGGUACCUUGUUGGCAUUACGCCCUGUCCCUGGUGUGCUCCAUUAUGUUUGUUCUCUGGUCCGAUCAGUGUUCAUUUGUCCCCGGGAAAUGCUCAUUCACUGGUCCCUCCUCUCGGACAUUCAAGCUGCAACCGCUCGUAUCGUUCUGCAACUCUGGCGUCAAACGCAGUUUGAGAAUUUUCAAGGCCUUUUAAAUCUUUGGGACGAUGCACUAGGCCGCUAUCCGGAAUUGGCCCAAGAAGUGCGUGACGAAAUUGGUCCUGGGCCCUGGAAUAUCGAUCAGACAGAUGGCUAUUCCGUCUUUUGGACCUUCCGCGAUCUUCGUAGUUUACAUCUCCAAGACGCAUUUCCACAUCUGGCUGAAGCUACAAUGUCUUCACCGAACACCAUUGUCGAAUAA